AUGGUUGCAACAUGCACCUAUAUGUUGUUUGAAACUCAUGGCAUACCAUGUCGCCAUAUCAUUCCAGUUCUAAGAUGUGCGAGGAUAAAUGAACUAUCAAGCUAUUAUUUAUUAGAAAGGUUUACACAAGGCUGCAAGAAAACUCCAGUGUUUGAUGUGGAUGGUACCUUGUUGGAGGAAAAUAGUAGCAACCAGAAUGACCCCGAGACGCAGAAAUUGCUCUCGGAGUGUUGCAGACAGAUGGAAAAACUUGUCACGCAAGCUAAGCAAUCACCUACUGCUAUGUGUUUGUUAAGAGAUGAACUAAUUGAAGUUGGUCAGAAACUCAGUGAGAUGGUUCCAGAAAACAAUUUAGAUGCAUUUUUGUAUGGGCUUGUGUUUACAAGUGGGCAUUCAGAGAUUACCAUCCUCGGCUUGAUUAUGGAGAUAUCUAACAAUGAAAGGUUAUUGGUGGCAAAUCUUAGGUCUGCAGCCUGCAGGCCAUCCUCAACCACGACGAACUGGAGAUUGGGGGCAAACCUGAAAAGUAGAGGGUCUGCGCGAGCCGGAUUCGGUGGUAGUGCGGAGGAGUCCGUCCAAGGCCGCCCUGAGGGCGCUGUUCGUGGGGAGGAGGCACGGGGGGAGCUGAGUCGCCGGCCGGGGAGGCGAGAUGGGGUCGCCUCCCUAGUGGAGGAGUCCGGGGGCGAGCCAGGAGCUGUGGCUGAGCGGAGGAGGCCGGGGGGGAGCUCGGGGCGCCUGCCGACCGGUGGCCGCAGUGGGGGCGACGGGCGGCGGAGGCACGAGGCUCGAUCCGCGUGUGUGCAGUCCGCAGGCGGCGUGGUCCUACAGAGAGGAGGCGGCGGCCGGGGCGCCCGCCGCGCAGAGGCCGCGGCGGGGGCGGCCGGCGGCCGGGCGACGGGCGGUGGGCAGGCGCGUAGCUCCGCAAGUGCACAGUCGGUGGCUGAUCAGCUGUAUGCGUACGCUCAAGCUUCUUCAGAUGGGGACCUUGCGUACAGCCGCCAUGGCUCCCAAGUCCGACCCAGCGACUCCUUCUCAGAUGGGGAACGAUUGGAGUAG